CGUCCAGCCCGCACACGGGACACAGCGACACAGGGACAUGGAGGAGGCAGCAGCUUAGCGCAGCUCAGCAGCGGGAAGGAGGAGGACGGGACACCGCGCUGCACCUGCCGGGGACCCGCAGCAGGCAGGCGGGGAGGAGAGGAGCGACCAGCCGCUGCUUCUUCAACUUUUCUACCAACUUGUCGGCGGAGUUGCGGCUCCAGGUCUGCGCGUAAAAGACGGAACCAUGCGUUCCAACCACCAGGCGAGUGUCCUCCCGUGCGCAAAGCACUUCUGAAGAGUUGGGAGUGUUGGGACAAAGUUUGUAAAAAAAGUGAGGCGACUCUUUCCAGCAGACUCGACUGGUACUGACCCGGCUCGGCUCGGUCCGGUUCAGCGGAAUAAUGCCUCGUCCGGGGAGGAACACGUACAGCGACCAGAAGCCUCCGUACUCCUACAUCUCCCUCACGGCCAUGGCCAUCCAGAGCUGCCCGGAGAAGAUGCUCCCCCUCAGUGAGAUUUACAAGUUCAUCAUGGACCGGUUCCCGUACUACCGGGAGAACACGCAGCGGUGGCAGAACUCCCUGCGCCACAACCUCUCCUUCAACGACUGCUUCAUCAAGAUCCCGCGCAGACCGGACCAGCCCGGGAAGGGCAGCUUCUGGGCGCUGCACCCGAGCUGCGGAGACAUGUUUGAGAACGGGAGUUUUCUGCGGCGCAGGAAGCGCUUCAAGGUGGGCAGCAUGCAGGCCACGGACCCUCUGGCGCCCAGCAAGCCGCAGGACGCGGCACACUACCUGCAGCAGCAGGCCAAGCUGCGGCUCAGCGCGCUGCACGCCGCCGCGCACCUCCCGCAGAUGACGGGCGGAUACAACCUGAGCUCCGUGUCGCAGCCGUCCAGCUUCAAACACCCGUUCGCCAUCGAGAACAUCAUCGCCAGAGAGUACAAGAUGCCGGGCGGCCUGGCGGCCUUCUCCACCGGCGGGUACCCGCUGCACAACCAGCUGACCCCGGCCUGGUCGCACAUGUACGGCUCGGGGAUGAUGGACACCACGGCUCCCAUCUCCAUGGCCAGCGACUACUCUGCCUACGGCAUGCCGCUCAAAUCGCUCUGCCACGGCGGACAGACUCUGCCCGCCAUCCCGGUGCCCAUCAAACCCACGCCCGCCUCGGUGGCGGGGCUGCCCGGGCUGCCCACACACAUCCCGGCUUUCCUCGCGAACUCGCCCCAGUCUCUGAGCCCCACGUCCCCGCACACAGCCACCGGACAGAGCAGCCCGGCCGCGCCCGGAGAGGCGCUGCCCUCCUCGGCCUCGCUGCAGUGCGUGGUGGCGGUGCACUGACCGGAGCCUGAACUUUUCUCUUUUUAUAUAUUAAAUAAAAACACUUAAGGGAAAAUGAGAAACUUCUCCAAAGCAGAGUUUUGUCUCCAGGACUCAGACACGAAGAUUUAAAUCCGCGUGUUUUUCUGAAGAGAAAGUGAAGAAUCAUCGAAGUUUGAACGUGUUUUCACUUGAUGUAAAGAAACAGCAGCUUGACCUCUGACCUCCGACAGACAAUAAUCAUGACGAACAGAAAUAAUUAGUGAUAAUUAUAAACAGUUUUCAUUUCGAUUAUUUUCUAGAUCUGAUUCCAAAAAAAACCUUGAGAUUCAGGGUUUUUUGUUUCUUCCGUUUUUUUCUCCGGAGACAAAAGAUUCGGAUCUUUUGUGUUUUUCAGUCUUUUCUCCUCAAACUGAAAGAAACAGAUUAAUGACUUUGACUUGUUUCUCGUCUGCUCUUUCUUUUCUGCCACAGAAGAAAAAGAAGUUAAUUUAAAAAUGUGUAUAAAAAAAAACCCAACAGAAAAAUCUUCAUCAAAAUGCAAACUUGCAUUUAUUAAACCAAAUAAUGAUGCAGUUUUUAGUUAUUUUAGUUUUUUUUUUUAUAUGGAUAUGAACAAUCGCAGAGAAGAAGAAAUUAGACUUGAAUCAUAUAUUUAUGUCAGAGGUUCUGCACAGUUAAAAAAAACCCACUGCAGAUAUUUGACCAUGAAUGCAACGUUGGACUGUCUCAUGCACUUUUUAAAAAAUGAACCUGGAUGUUUUGAAGCUGAAGCCGUGUUGGUUUAAUUUAAGGUUUUUGAAAAGCUGUUGAACCGAGCCGCUCUCUGUGUGUUUGUAUUUGCUGCAUGAAGCUCAACGUCAGAAAAAAGACAAAUAUUUCAGUGUUUGUAAUUUUUUCUUUUCUCUUUUUCUUUUGGGCUGAAAUCAUAAAGCAUGAACAACGGGCGUUUGAUUCCCUGAGCUGUGACUGCUCAUUCACAUCCAUUAAAAAAAACCUUCUUGAGAAAACACAUGUGAAGGAGCCUGUUAUUAUCACAACAUCUGUGCACAGCUGGAGGCUGGUUUCAAAUUUAACAUGAAAUAAAUAUAUUUGUCAGCGGGUAAAAAUCUCCACGUGUUUGAUAAAACCGACUUUUCUUCUUUUUCUCUUUCAAACAUGGUUUUUAAAAGUGAAAUCAUCAGAACUGAACAAAUCUAAUUUCAAAUCUGUCGUUCAAACACGAGAAAGAUGAAUUCAGAUACUUCAGUCGUCACAUCAGAUCAAAUCACACGUUUAGAUUUAUCUUGUGUUUGAAUUCAUCUUCACGUGAUGAUAAUUUCAUCGUAAAGGAACCUGUCGGACAUUAAUCUUCAUACGUCUUAUAUUUAAUGAUAUAAAAAGAGAAAAGCUGUAAACUUUUAACAAGAUAAUAAAUCAGUUCAUAUUUGUCAAUUACAUAAUUGAUAAUUCGCCUCAGCUCAAAGAAAAACACAGUUUGACUUGAGCAGAAUUUUUAUUUUUAUUUUCCACCUGUCGCAGAACAAAGAUUCUUCCAAGAACCAAAGUGAACGUUUGUCACCUGAGAUGUUUCCGAGCGUCGACUCUGAGCAUCUGUGGCUGUUCCAUGUGGAACUGACUCCACAUCAGUUUCUAACAACACAUUUUCUUAAACAUCAAUCAUCAAGCAGAUCUCAGACAUUUUAUCUUUAUUCAUUUAAAAGAGACGAUGCACAUUAACUGAAAUAUAUCCGACAUGUAAACGUUGCAGUUUUAAUCAUUUUUCAUCUGCUGGUUGACGGUAAAAAAAAAACAAUAACAUACUGACACAUGUAUAAAAACAUACACAGACAUUUCACAUGAAUAAUUAACAACAAGUCUCUUCAAACUAAAAUAAAAAAAAUCCUGGAUUCAGGUUGGAGUGUGAUGAUUUGUCAAAUUAAACAUUUGUGAUCAACAUAUCAGCUGAUCCUCAUUUACACUUUGUUUAUUCUGGAUCUGCUGUUUCCCAGUGGGACCUGUCAGAUGGUGGGUGGUUGGUUGUCGUGGCGACGGCAGGUUUUAUUACAGCAGGGGACAGAAUAAAAAUUAAAU